GUUUGGGGGGGAGGGGGAGGCGAAGCAGAAGGAUUGAUCACGUGCUUCGUAGGCGCGAGAAACCAGAGGAUGCGGAAGUUACGUCAUAACGCCGGUUUCGUUCACUGCCGGAAAUCGGAAGUGCCGGAGACAGAGGAAGAAAGGGAAGAGGUGGGGAUAACUCGGCUACUAAACGUCAAUCUCGCGAGACUCUCAGGCUAAAAGAUAGUGAGAAGAAUGUUGCUGUAUGGUGUAAUAUUGUGAUGGUUCUUAGUGUUGGUCCCUUCUCUUCGGUGGUGUGGGUCGUCUCGAAACCCCAGGCGUAGCAAAUGUGGCACCUCCCAGUACCGCUGCUUCCCUAGCUUCGCCUGAUAAGCCGGGGAGCUUGAGUUUGUGUCGGCCGGUCUAUCCUGGACGGACUCUUCAUCUUUUUUUGCGUGUCAUGGACCCUUCUGGCAGUGUGAAGACUGUGAAACCCUUCUCAGAAUAAUGUUGUUUUAAAAUGUAUGAUGGAAGAAAAUGGUAGAUUUCAAUUAGAGAUGUCAAUAACUGACUCCAUUACUACAUGCUUGUCUCCCCCAGUAUAUGACAUGGUUUGCAGACUUGGGUUUGACACGAAAGAAAGCUGUGAUAUCAAUAGCCUUGUGUCUCAACAUGGUGAAAUAUGCUGGAAAAUACUUGCUGAAUGUAUAUGCUAUACAGAUUCAGGAGAAAAUGUGGAUUACUUAAAGAGUGUAAGCCUCUUGGGUCCUGUAUGUGAAGCCGUUCACACUCACAUAUAUUCCCUGACAAAGGCACAGUUUGAAGUUCGAUAUACCUUUUGGUGCCAGUGGACAAAUUUUCCAGAGUUGUUUCCUGAAAUAUUUGUUGCUCUGAAGAGUCUGCAACCUGAAGCUAUUCCUCUUAGUUUAAUGAAAUUAACAUCAUGUCUGGAACGAGCUUUGGGUAAUGUAUUUUUACUGAUUGGAAAGGAAUGUCCAUUUCUUUUAAGAGACUUACUUGUAUCCAAGGAACUUGCUGAAGUGUUUGGACAAUCUGUGAUGAAUAUACUCAGAGUAUUCAUUGGUUCUCCACAUGGACUCAAUCUGCGCAAUAUUUUAUGGCAUGGAUUUGUAUCUCCUAAGGAAAUUCCACCAAAAUAUUGCUCUAUGCUGGUAUUUUUGACAGCAGGAUUGGGACAACUAUUGAAAAGUUAUCUUCAGCAAACUAAUUUUGCCCUUGUACAUAGGCCUUUUGUAACUUUUACAAACUUAAAGGAUUUGAUCAUUUUUCCUGAUAUUAAUGAUGAAGUGCUGUCAGUAGUUGAAGAAUUGAUAAAGAAAUCUACUUUUGUGUUGAAAAUCAUGAUUCCAUUUUGGGAAGCUAUAGUAAUGAAAUUCAGAUCACAUAGAUAUGCAGACUGUAUAAUACUGUUACUGACACAGCUGGAAACUGGACUCCGAAAAAUCUUUACCGAAGUUAAUAAAUGUCCAAAAAGAUUUUUAACAGCAGAGUCUACAGCUUUUUAUACCACCUUUGAUGAAAUGUUAGCAAAACAAUUGAAUGAUGUUGAAAUCAAUCAUCUCCCUUUUUUUCUUGGAGAAUCUGCUAUGGAGUUUCUUUGGGAUUUCUUGAACCAUCAGGAAGGCCCCCGUGUAAGAGAUCAUUUAAGCCAUGGAGAGGUGAACUUAAAUGACUUUCCGAAGGAGGUUACAAACCAGCUACUUGCCUUUUCCAUUGUACUCUUAUUCAGAUUUGUUGGAGAAGAUGUAUUAUCAGUUUCCAUGGAGAAUGUAUCAAUCCGAAUUUUAAUCAGCUGUGCAAAUCGCUAUUGUUCUCAAUUUCAUCCAGUUUCUCAGCUUAAAAAAAAGAUUUUACACUGUGAAAAAAGCAUCAAAAUAUGGCCUCAACUUCCAUUAGUACCAGAGGAACAAAUUCCAGAAGCAACCAGAUUAGAAAGCAGUUCUGAAGUUAAUGAUUGUGAUAAUUUGAUUAUAAAAAUUUCCUCCGAGCUCCAAUAUUACAUGCUGCAGAGUGACCAUAAUUUCAACAAUUUACUGGAUUAUCCUCCCACAGAAAAUUGGUCCCUUUUGCUUCAUGAGCUUUGCAGCAGACAUAUCCGAACAUUAUAUUGUCCACGGUCUGUCCUUGAAGUCCUUGCUAUUCUUCAGAAAAUAAGUGUUCAUUGUCACCUAGUGUCUGAUCAAAUUAUUGCCACUACAGAAGUGAGAUAUAAACAGUGGGUACAGAAGACCCUUCGGUCUCGCCAGAGGCAGAACUAUCUACGAAUGUUAAACAGGUGGCCAAUUAUUUUUAUGGCUUUCUAUCAUUGUUUUUGCUUCCAGGUUUUUCAUCUCCAUUCUAUUUUCUGCACAUCUGCCAAAAGGAAAUUCAAAAGGCCCAGGGUACUUCCUUACUUAAAAACUUUUGGUAGUUGGAGUACAUAGUCCUCUACCAUCUGGCUGGUGUUUUUUUUUUUUAACAAGUUUCCUUCUAGCUGUAAAGUGUCUAAUUCUUUUCCAUUAUUCCCCUUUUUGUUCUCUGAUAUGCAAGUUAUAAAUAAAUAGCUAAACUGGGUUACUAAUUAUUUGUUCCAUCUCCUACUUUCAUUUAUUCAUGCAGGUCAUGUGGAAUGUCUGAAGUGCAUUCCCUCCUCAUAUUUUUCUCUCAGAAUUUUAUUUUCUUUCAAUUCUCUGCUCAUAUACCACUUCCCAUGGGAGUCUUACUUGAUUUCCCUCAGUUUUAAAUGUCCUCUCCCUCUGGAGAUUUCCUUACAUUUAUUUUUUAAUUUAACUUUUAUUUUCUAAGUAAAGAAAAAAAUUCUAGUAACAAUUAUGAAUAGUCAAACAAAGCAAAUUCCUUCAUUGGUCAUGCCCAAGAAUGUAUGUCUCCUUCCACAUCUAUUUAUUUCUCUAUGUACAUGCUGCAUCCAACUCUCCCAAUAAAAUGUAGGUUCCUAAAGGACAGACACUGUUUCAUUUCAACUUUAUCUUAGCAUCUCUAGCCCCUACCUUGAUGCCAUCCAUAUAAUAGGCACUCAAUACAUGUUUGAUGAAUUGAAUUCUGUGAAUUUGUGAUGAGGAAGUUGAGGCCAUAGGUGAAGGGCCCCCUUGUUAGUGGUGAAAGAAAAGAGGGAAGUGUGACUAUAGUUAGACAAAAUAGCAGAGGUAAGCAAAAGUUUUUUUUAAUGUGAAAGUGAACAUUUUAGCUAAUAUUAACUCUAUUUUAACUAUUU